AUGGCCGACAAAUUCCUAGCUUCCCCCAAACCAGCUCCUGAGCUCGGCAUACCUCAAUCUGACAAGUUCGUCAAGGUAUCAAUCAUUGAUAGCACCUCAUAUGUCGAAUUGCCGAUCGAGGAGUUUCUGAAGCCAUCAUAUAAGGGCAAUGACCAGCUAGCUGGCCCUACGUUCUGCUUUCUUAUUGAACACAACUCUGGAAAGCGUAUUCUGUUUGACCUGGGCAUCCGUAAGGAUGCAGACAACAUGGCCCCAACCAUCGUACACAGUUUCAAGUCGAAGGGAUGGACUGUCGGAGCCGAGAAAAACACGGCAGAUAUACUGCAAGAAGCUGGAUUCGACGUUCAGGGCGGCGAUAUCGAUGGAGUCAUAUACAGUCAUCACCACUUUGAUCAUGUUGGAGAUAUGACGACCUUCCCGCCAUCUACUCAACUGAUAGUCGGACCUGGAUUCAAGGCCGCCCACCUCCCAGGAUACCCGAUUAACAAAGACUCGCCCAAUUUGCAGAGCGAUUUUGACGGCCGUGAUGUUCGAGAAGUCAACAUUGCACGUGAGGGAGCGGGCCUGAAGAUUGGUCGCUUCGAUGCUUACGACUACUUUGGCGAUGGCUCGUUUUACCUCCUGGACACGCCUGGUCACGCUGUAGGACACAUGUGUGCUUUGGCCCGUACGACCGCGCCGCUAGGCGAACCAGCGACUUUUGUGAUGAUGGGAGGUGACGCUUGUCACCAUGCAGGCGAGUUCAGACCGUCCGCAUAUCAACCUCUUCCGACAGAAAUCUCUCCUUCGCCAAAGUCGCUGCCUCAGCCUACUUGUCCAGGUCAUCUUCUGCAGGAUGUACACUGCAACAAGAGCGCGAACGAGCCCUUUUACGAAGUCACACCGAGCUUUUGCUAUGACUUGAAGCUGUGUCACUCGACCGUUGAAGGUCUGCAGGAGUUUGACGCUUCAGACAAUGUUCUCUUGAUCAUAGCGCAUGACGCAAGUCUGUUGGGAGCUCUGGAUUUCUUCCCUGACUCAUUGAACCAUUGGCGAGAGAAGGAUCAGGAUGCAAAGACAAGGUGGAGGUUCUUGGGUGACUUCAGCGAGGCUAUCACUAGGUAG